GUCGGCAGCCAACUUUUCGAGAAGCGGCGGGUGCAAAAGUUUUAUCUGGCGCUGGUGCUGGGCCAUCCUCCGUGGAAGUCCGAGGUGCACCUGACGGACCGCCUCUGCGAUGGCGAAGGCUUCGCUCGGCGGCUGGCCGCGGAGGAGGAGACAGGCGAAGAGGCCGAGACCUUUGCGGAGCUGCUUAAAGUGGGCCUCUGGCCCAAAGGCCCUUGCUCUCGUGCGCCCUUGCCGGUGGCACUGGUGCGUCUGCGUUUGAUGACUGGCAGGCGCCACCAGAUUCGGCUGCACCUGUCGGGUGCUGGCUUUCCGGUCCUCGGGGAUGACACCUACGGAGGCAACCCCUGGGGCGACCGCGCAGGCAGCUACCGCAUGUUCCUGCACUCCCAUCGCUUGGUGCUCGAGGAGGAGAAGAUUUGCAUCGAGGCGCCCUGCGGCUUCGCGGAUGAGCUGACGCAGGAGGCUCGCUCGUUGCCAUUUCCACUCACUUCGUGGCCGAAGGCAGUUGCCCUGGGUGCACUGCCUCGUGUGGAAGGCAGCUGA